GAAUUAGCUGUCUGUCAAGUGUCAACUGAAAAAAAUGUCAGAAGAGACAAUGGAAGGAGAGAGCAGUAAGGAGCGGCUACGCCGAUCAAGAACUGCCGUGAUCGAAGAAUGGAACGGAACUGAUUCCUCGAAGCUUACGAAGACAGCCACAAUCACAGUUUCCAGCGACUCUGUUACGAAAUCUGCACGCCGUUUCAAUCAGUUUUCUCGGAGAAUCCUCGACGCCUUUAUUCCCGAGGGAUUUCCCAGCAGUGUUACACCUGACUACGUUCCUUUUCAGAUAUGGGAUUCAUUGCAGGGUCUGUCAACUUAUAUGAGAAUGAUGCUUUCUACCCAGGCUCUUCUAAGUGCUAUUGGGGUUGGCGAGAAGUCUGCUACCGUUCUUGGGGCUACAUUUCAGUGGUUUCUGAGGGAUUUAACUGGAAUGCUUGGAGGCAUCUUAUUUACGUUUUACCAGGGUGCAAACCUAGAUAGCAAUGCCAAAAUGUGGCGUCUGGUUGCGGAUCUCAUGAAUGACCUUGGUAUGUUGAUGGACCUUCUUUCCCCUUUGUUUCCAUCAGCAUUUGUGAUUAUUGUAUGCGCAGGGAGCAUAUCCAGAUCAUUUACUGGUGUUGCCAGUGGUGCCACAAGAGCAGCUUUAACGCAGCAUUUUGCAUUACAGAAUAAUGCAGCAGAUAUAUCUGCUAAGGAAGGAAGCCAAGAGACAGUUGCAACAAUGAUGGGGAUGGCUUUGGGAAUGCUCCUUGCACGCAUUACCAUGGGACAUUCAUUGAUCAUUUGGUUUUGUUUUCUGUCUCUCACCGUCUUUCAUAUGUAUGCUAAUUACAAGGCUGUUUGUUGCCUUUCACUAAAUACAUUAAAUUUCGAAAGAAGCUCAAUUCUAUUGACACACUAUAUGGAGACUGGUCAAGUUCUUUCUCCCAAACUGGUCUCUGGGAUGGAGCAUGUUCUACCUCAGUGGAUGAGUUUAUGGGCAAGAAAUAGUGAUGGAUAUUUGCACCAUAGAAUAUUCUUAGGUGCCCGGAUUUCUUCACUUGAUAAUAACCAAGUGAUGGAGCUUACAUCUCUUGCCACCUCUUAUUACAACAAAGGAAAGUAUCUCUUGCUGCAAAGAAAGAGUUCAGUCAUCGUUAUCAUCCAUAAAGAUUCCACAUCUAGAGAUAUCUUGCAGGCUUACAUUCAUGCCCUUACUUUUGCAAAAUUUGAUGAUAAUAAAGAUACUUCUCUGCAUCUUCAGAGUCAGUCAUGGAUGGCAACAAAUUAUGACACAUUCGUUCUCAAGCUUCAGUCAUCAGGGUGGAGGACAGAACGGCUCUCGUCACCUUCUAUUGCAUGGAAAGCAUAUUGGUUUACAGAUGAAAAGCUUGACUAGCAUACACGGAGCCCAGUUAUUGUUUCUGACCUCUCUUAGUGAUCCUUAAUUAAAUGAUUUUAUUGUAACUUAUAUUUAUCUUCUAAAACCAAAGAAACCGACUUCCUGAAGAAUUAUCCUCAGUUUGAAGAGGUAUGAAGUUUUAUUUCAUAUUUAAGUGGUGUACUAAUGUGGUUGCUUGGCAUUCUGCUCAUCCUCGCUGCAAGAUAAAUUUGUACAAUCCACAGCUCAAUGUUCUUAAUAUAUCUGGAUCUUCAUUUAUUA